AUGUCCUCUGCUGAAACAAGCUCUUUAAGAACGCUUGUCAAUAAUGAAAACCAGCCUGUUGAAAGGAAUGAACUUACCGAUGAGGAAGGGCGAGCAACUACAGGGACAUCCAGGGUGUCACCGUCCCAUGGAAGUCCUUGUUCUCGAAGAUCAUUGAAUGUCCGCGAGUUGAAAGAAGGAGAAGGAACAACAAAAAAUAGACCUUCCAGCUUGUCGAGGCUGUCUUCUCGUAGCAGAACUUCCUCUCGACGACUCUCUGAUCCAAGUGUAUCGCCCUUGUCCACUCAUCGUCGUCGUAGAAGCUCAUCGAAGAGGAUGUCUUAUUCGGGUGAGAUUGUAGAAGGAGACGACGAGGAAGAAGUCAGAAAGAGAGCUUCCAGCUUUUCCAGAGUGUCGUCACUACUUGAAGGAGGAGAUUACCAACAGCGACCUUCCAGUUUGUCCAGGCUGGGUUCUCCUCGUAGAAGUUCUUCCAGGCGCCUCUCUAGUUCCAAUCUGUCUUCGAGGAGAGCAAUCAUGCAUGAGCAGAAGCCUACCAGUUUGCCUCGGCUGGUUUCUCCUCGCAGUAGACUGGUGCCCAAACAACUCUCUGCCCCUAGUUUGUUGUCAGCAGACGGACGAAACUCUUCUGGGAGGGCAUCGUAUUCAGGCGAAGGUACAGAAGGGAUAGAGGAAAGACAACUCAAUAGGAGACCCGCCAGUGUGGCUAGGAUGUCAUCUCCCAGGAAAAGACCUUCCAGGCGGAUUUCCGGUUCAGAGAGACCCGCAAGUUUGUCCAGACUGUCCUCGCCCGACAGAAGCCCUUCCGGGCGACGCUCUGCUUCCAGUUCAUCGAGGAUGUACUCGCCCACAAGAAGCGCUUCCUGGCAAGAAUCUAAUUUGAGCCAUUCCACGAGAAAAUCUUCGAGAUCGAGGUCAGGCUCCCGAGGUAGGGCCAGAUCACAGCGAUCGCUAAGUCGUUCAUCAGCACGAAGCCAAAGAUCCAUGGAACGUUCUGAAAGAAGCAGCAGUCGUUCGCGAUCACGGACCAAACAAGAUCAAAGGAGUCGUAGAGUUCCAAAGAAGAAGCCAGAACCACACCGCAGUCGCCACGAUUCUCCCCAGCAUUCAUGUCGACAUCUCGGUCUCCAUUUCGAAGAUGCCAGCGAUUCCGAUGAUUCUAUGGCUAGUAACAGUCCAUACCGAACGAGUAGGAAGGUUUCUAAUCUAAAAAUUUUGGACGACGAGCAAUGGGGACUGCAGACUGUGUACUCAGAUGAUGAUGAUGGGUUUUCCGACCUAGAUGAGGAGAAAAGGAUUGCUGCAACGCAUGAACAAGCAUUUUCUGGAAUUAAUGUUGGUAAAGACGGAAAGAAUAUUGAAUCCACCGUGGUACGAAAAACCAAGCCCCCCAGCUGCAAACGGCAAAUACUAUGCAUCGUUUUGGCAGUCCUUCUAUUGGUUGCCAUUGGAGCUGGUGCAGCAAUUGUUUUGGGUCGUCGGUCGUCGCCUUCAUUGGCAGCUAUCACUGAUACUCCCAUCGCCUCCCCUUCCAAUUCGACUCCUCCGAAGCAGCUAACUACAAUUCCUCCCAUUACCUUCAGUCCGUCUUCGAGUCCAACACGUCCGUUACUGUACAGUCCUCCCAGUCCAGAAGAUUGCCUCAGUAUGGCCAACGGAAACGACGUUGCUGGGCAAGAUGAAUUGUUUGGACGAAACUUUACCAUUGCUUUGAGGGUAGCCAUGUUGGACGAAUCAGAAAUAUCUGUACUGGAAUCUAGAUUGCAAGCGAGUCUACAAGAAUAUUUGAUCCCCAAACUUGCUGAAUGUCCCUCCGAAUCUCGACGGCUUCGGCAACGAAAUUUGGCCUUAAAUCGAUAUGCAAUUGGAGGUGGCACUGUUGGUAUUCAGUGUAUGGACAACAGAUCCUGUACUAGCAAGGAGUCUUCCGACGUCUGCUACAGCUGUCUCAUGAGCCUUGAGCUCCUCUUGAAAGAUAAUUCCAUUCGAUACUUGGAUAUCAUUGGAAAAAUAUCCACCAGCAUGUUGAAAGAAGAUGUCGUGAAAAGCAGCGGUCUGGACGAUCUUUUAGGCAUGCUGGCAACUGUGGGCGUUGAACUCGGUAGUCCAACGGAUACUCCAAGUCUGAUACCCAGCAAAGCACCUUCAAUGAAACCAUCGAAUUUUCCAUCUGCCGCCCCUUCGACAGAUCCCACAGCCAAACCCAUAUCGGGCUCCCCCACCAAGUCACCGACUAAGGCUCCUACCAAGCGCCCAACACUUUCGCCCAGCAAUUCACCUACGCGAAACCCAACGAAAUCUCCAACUCGUCAGCCCACAGGAAAUCCUACUCCAGGACCAACACUUCCACCCACAAAACAGCCUACACCUGGACCGACGCCUUCUCCAACGCCAGUGCCAUUGACCCCGAGCCCGACGUUCGUGACAUUGCGCGAUGAUCCGUUACGUGAUGACGACGAUGCGGUACCCACAUCGGCGCCAACGUCUGGGCCCACGGUAGACCUCACUUCCGCGCCUACAUCGACGCCAACUUCAGCUGCCACAGAAAAAGACGACCCUCCUAUAUUGCUCGAUGAUAUUUUCUUGUUUGAUGAAAACCCUACCGAUGAUGGGACUGACGAUCCGUUUGGAGGAGGUGGUGGGGACGAUGGGACGAUCACCGAUGUUGACGGUCAAUUUGGAGGAGGCGGAGACGACGGGACGAUCAACGAUGGCGACGGGACGAUCAACGAUGGCGACGAUCUAUUUGGAGGAGGUGGUACGGACAAUGGGGUGAUCACCGAUGGUGACGAUCUGUUUGAAGGAGGUGGCGGGGACGAUGUGACGAUCACCGAUGAUGGGGGUUUCGAGAAUGGUGAUGACGGCGUUGGAGAUGGUGGAAACAACAAUCUGAUAUUCGAUGACUAUUUUUUUCCUUUUUGA